AUGCCCGUCAGAACCCCCUUUUCCCCAAGAGGGCUUCCGAAUGAUCCUGUAUUUACACAUCUUGUGCAUGCUGCCGCACAUGAGAAUAAACCCAUCAUCCGUGAUCCUCUCCAGAAAAUCGAAGCUGACUAUGUCCGGUUCCUUGGAGACAUUCUCCAAUAUCGUCUAAAGAUAUCUAACGUCUUACCAACCGAGAUCUUAGACGAAAAUGGAAUGAUCAAGAAUAAUGACAACUUCAUUCUUCUCUCUGCUCCCUCAAGUUACCAGUUCCUUGUUGCUCUUUUCGCCAUACUGGCAGUUGGAGGAGCAGCAGUUCUACUACGUUUGUUCCCCGAAUCUCCUCAAGUCCAAUAUAAGGUUCUGACGGACAAGCUCUGGAUUUUAGCGCCUGGUAGUGCUCCUGAGGAAAUCACUGCCAUAGCUCAGAAAUGCAACGCCCGGGCAUUUGCCUUUGCGCCCGACUAUCAAAGUGCCGGUAAAGCUACGCAAAUUAGUGCAAAAGAUACGUCGGGUACAGAGAUCCCGCCCAUCCCAAUUACGCUGGGAGAGAAUGGGAGCAGUGCCGACAUCCGCAUCACGACUGAGAGGAAUAUCAGAUUUCCAGCGGACCGUCCAGCACUCGUCCAAUUCACAUCAGGCACAACCGGCUCCCCAAAGGGUGUAGUACAUGCCCGGACAUUCUUCUACCACCAGGUGGAGGUAUACUUUGGCUGCCCAAUGAGCGAGACUAAUGGUCUCCAAACUCUGCUCGGCCCUGAUGCGGUUUAUCUCUCCUACCGCUCAUUCCACUGGGGAGGUGGAAUCAGAAAUGCCACAGCAGCUAUCUUAGCUGGUGUCUGCACUGAGAUUUAUAACCACGACGCCACUCCAGGUGGUAUAUGGGAGAGAUUAAGACGAGGGGAUGUGAGGUUCUUUAUCUGUUGGGCAGCAAUGUGGACCCAGAUGAAAGCGUAUUAUGAGGAAUGUUUGGCCAAUCUACCACAGCCCAUGUUAGAGGAAUAUCUCCAUGGAGCACGGGGUCUACGAUUGGCAAAGUCGGAUUCAAAUCUGCUUACUCCCUCAGUGAAGCGCUUUUGGAAUGAUCUCGGUGUGUCGAUUGGAAUCAACUAUGCUGCUACGGAGACGAGCAUCACCAUGGGGAAGCAGCGCGUUUCUCUCGAGGAGAUCGACGAGAGAAUUAUUGGUGUCCCGCUAACGGGGGUAUCCGUGAAACUGUCAGAGGGGAACCACGGGGAGAUCUGUGUUAAAACUCCGCUUCUCUUUUCUCAGUACAUCGGAGAGCCUGAAGCGACCCGCGCUGCCUUUGAUAAGGAUGGCUUUUACAAGACCGGCGACCUGGGUCAUUUCGACGGUAAGCAGUACAUCAUCGACGGCCGCGUGACACAGGACUUUAUUGUUUUCGACGGACGGAGGGUCCCCGUCAUAGACGUCGAGGAGAGCCUUAUGGCCCUGCCAUAUGUCAUGGAAGCCUACGUACUCGGCAUCCCAGAUGCAGAGGUCAUGAACCGCACUGCGGUAUUGCUUCGUGUCAAAGAAGGGAAGCGUCUCACUCUCCAAGCCCUGAGAACGGAAAUGGCCGGGAGACUCGCGAAACAUAAAUUGCCGACUCUUUUACGGAAGUUAGAUGCCAGUGAAGCUGUUCCCAAGACACAUUCGGGCAAGUUUGAUAUGCGAAAGGCACGCAGUGUUUUCUUCCCUCAGUCGGUUGAAGGAGAUAUCAGCGACCUGCCUCCGGAAGUGGAAGUCUGGAAAUUGAGGUAG